AUGUUGCUGUACCCCCGGCGUCCUGUGCUGCUCCAGGGGGCGGCUGCUUUCCUGCUGGUGGGAAGCGCUGAGGAAUACCUCCGGGGGCUAAAGGGCCUCCUGGGGAGCAGAAUUCGCAGCGUGGUUUUCACCCGCGUGUUCCUGCUCACCUCUUCAGUGCGCGCGAGGACUGGGCGUGAGCGGUGGGGAGGCUGCGUGGAAGGGGCAGGUGAAGAAAUGCUGGUAAUGCCUCAUAAGUCAUCCCUUCUUUGUGGUGGUGGAGAAAUGGUUCCUGUGCGACCAGAUCAGGGCUUGGUGCUCUUCAAAGAGGUGGCCGUGUAUUUCACCAAGGAGGAGUGGUCUCUGCUGGAUCCGAGCCAAAGGACUCUGCACGAGCGAGUUAUGAUGGAGAACUUUGCAAAUGUGGCAUAUUUGGAGACCCGUGAUGUGCCAGGGAUCAAGGCAGAACAUGGACAGGGAGCAUUCUUCGAAAGAGUGAGUCCUGAAGAACGAAAAGAGCAGAGAAAUCUAAAUACUCAUUUGAAAAUCCACACAGGAGAGAAGCAACUGACGUACUCAAAGUGCAGUAAAAGUUUCUAUGAUAAAGAUACCCACAGAGAACAUUUGAGAAUACACACGAAGAAACCAAUUACGAGUCUGGAGUGCAGAAGGGCCUUCACUUGGUGUGAUGAUCUUUCUUCACAUCAAAGGAUUCACACAGGUGAGAAGCCAUUCAAAUGCCUGGUGUGUGGAAAUAGCUUCACUCAGAGUAUACAGCUUACAGAACAUCAACAUAUCCACGCAGGGGAGAAGCCAUUUAAAUGUCUGAAGUGUGGAAAGAGCUUCACUCAGAGUGGACAACUUACUAAACAUAAAAGAAUACACACAGGAGAGAAGCCAUUUAAAUGCCUGGAGUGUGGGAAGAGCUUUACUCAGAGUGGACACCUUACUGGACAUCAAAGAAUUCACACAGGAGAGAAGCCAUUUAAAUGCCUGGAGUGUGGAAAGAGCUUCACUCAGAGUGGAGAACUUACUGGACAUCAAAGAAUUCACACAGGAGAGAAGCCAUUUAAAUGCCUGGAGUGUGGGAAGAGCUUCACUCGGAGUGGAGGACUUACUAAACAUCAAAGAAUUCACACAGGAGAGAAGCUAUUUAAAUGCCAGGAGUGUGGAAAGGCCUUCCAUCAGAGCAGUAAUCUUACUUCACAUCAAAGGAUACACACAGGGGUGAAGCCAUUUAAAUGCCUGGUGUGUGGAAAGAGUUUCACUCAGAGUGGACAACUUACUGGACAUCAAAGAAUUCACACAAGAGAGAAGCCAUUUAAAUGCCUGGAGUGUGGAAAGGUGUUCACUUGUAAUCAUGCUCUUACUGCACAUCAAAGGAUACACACAGGAGAGAAGCCAUUUAAAUGCCUGGAGUGUGGAAAGACCUUCAUUCAGAGUGGACAACUUACUUCACAUCAAAGAAUUCACACAGGAGAGAAGCCAUUUAAAUGCCUGGAGUGUGGAAAGACCUUCACUCAGAGUGAUAAACUUUAUAGACAUCAAAGGAUACACACAGGAGAGAAGCCAUUUAAAUGCCUGGAGUGUGGAAAGACCUUCACUCAGAGUGGACAACUUACUUCACAUCAAAGAAUUCACACAGGAGAGAAGCCAUUUAAAUGCCUGGAGUGUGGAAAGGCCUUCCGUCGGAGUGAUAAACUUUAUAGACAUCAAAGAAUACACACAGGAGAGAAGCCGUUUAAAUGCCUGCAGUGUGGAAUGAGCUUCACUGACAGUGGACAAAUGACUAAACAUCAAAGAUUUCACACAGGAGAGAAGCCAUUUGAAUGCCUGGAGUGUGGAAAGAGCUUCACUCAGAGUAAAGAUCUUACUAAACAUCAAAGAAUUCACAUAGGAGAGAAGCUAUUUAAAUGCCUGCAGUGUGGAAAGGGCUUCCGGCGGAGAGAUAAACUUUAUAGACAUCAAAGAAUUCACACAGGAGAGAAGCCAUUUAAAUGCCUGCAGUGUGGAAAGGCCUUCAAUCAGAGUACUCAUCUUACUUCACAUCAAAGAAUCCACACAGGGAACGCCAUGUAAAUGCUUGCAGGUGAAAAAUCCUUCUGUGAUAAAUCCACAUCAAAAAAUCACACAGGAGAUGAACCAUGUCAAUGCCUGGAGUGUGGAAAGAACUUCACUCAGAAUGGACAACUUACUUUGCAUCAUAGAAUUCACACACAGGACAAAGCAGAGUGUCAUUGUGAUUUAAUGAUGGGGAGUCAGAAAUCCUUGCUGAUGCACUGCAAACUACACAGAUCUUCCAGUAGAUCCAGCCCCUUUUCAAAGUCAUCCAAAUCGGUGGCCAUCCCUACAUCUUGUGAAUUCCAUCGUUUUACUAUGCGCUGUUUGAGUAAGUCCUUCCUUUGAUCUGUUCUGAAUUUUCCACCGAUCAGCUGCAUGGGAUGAUACUGCGUUCUACUAUUAUGGGAGAGGAUAGGAAAAUGUCUCCCUCUCCACGUUCUCUGCACUCGGAAUAAUUUUGUACAUCUCUAUCAUGUCUCCCCUUAGCCUUCUUUCUUCCAAGCUAAACAAUCCCAACUGUUGUAACCUUCCUUCGUAGCAGAGAUGCUCCAGCCCCUUAAUCAUUUUAGUUGCCCUUUUCUGCACUUUUUCCAGCUCUAUAUUUUUUUAGGUGUGGUGACCAGAACUGUACCCAGUAUUCUAAGUGAGGUCGCUCCGUGGAUAAAGGCAGUAUAGUGCUGGCA